AUGCAAUCUAUCUCGGACCAAUGGACACACUCGCUCAGAUGGAGCAGCAUGCCUCAUCCAACAGAUACUCGCUCUUCCGAUUCCCAUGGGAAUUCAAUGCGCUGCACAUGCCGCUAUUCCAUAAACCAUCGCUCAAGAAGAACAGACCGUCGCUCAGCGAGCUUCAGCUCGUUCCGUUGGGCAUCCAUACAUUCAAAGGCCCACUGGACCUCCUCUCGAUGCUCAGUGCAGCAGAGCGAGUCAUAUCCACACACGCUCGCGCUCGGCGUGGUCAUUGACCAGGCUGGCAAGUGGCAAGAGCACCUCGAGCGUGUCCGGCCGACACUGGCGACCACCCGACACCUGACGCUCAAGAUUGAGUCGGAUGACUACGAGUUGCCAAUGGUGGACUCGCUCUUGGACCCCGGGUGCUUCAGCCAACUCACCAAGCUCACGCUCUACGACCGCUUUACCCAUGUCGACGGGGUGUCCAACUUCUACUGUGGACUGGUGGCAGAGCGCGACAGGCUGUUCAAGUGCCUGGAGUCUCUGUCGCAGCUGAGGUCACUCUGUUUCCGACUCACACUUGGAGAGGACCUCCAGGACCAUGAGGAAUACAUCGACUUUUAUAGGCGCCUGCAUCAAUUCCUCGUGUCAAAGCGCACACUGCGAACAUUCAAGUUCCCCGUGCACCGUCUGAACGAUCAGACACUCGACUACCUGCUGCAGUCACCAACAUGUACCAUCGACAGUAUGUGCAUCGCCUUGUAUGAUCACAUGCCCGUUCUGUUGAGACCUGUGGACAAGCUCACCAUCUGCUUCAUGGUCCAGGGCCCUCUGGACACAUUCCUCAGAUCACUUUGCAACGUCAAACACAUCAGGCUGAAGCAAAUUCCCGAGAAGGACUCUCUUCCUCUUAUUAGCUGCGCCAAUCAAGCCACAUCUAUCUCGAUCAACUUUGGACACAUGGUCCAUUUUAGAUGCAAGGAUCUCAUGGCACUCUGCGUUGAGCAGUUGAACCUCAACAGGACGGUCAGCUACCUGUACAACUACCAAUUCGGCUACGACGAAGGUCCAUCCUUCGCCAUUGUGGACCAAUGUAUCCAGAGUCACCCAUCCAUACAGAACAAGUCAACCUGGUAUUGGGACAGAAUAUAUAUACUC